GAUCCAGACCCUCGAGAGCAAGCUCGACAAGCCCGCCACCUGUCCAAGUAUAUAUUCCCUUUACAGUACGACCUGAAGAACAUUUUCACCAACGUUCCCAAUCCAAAGGACGUACACAACUUGCACAACUUUUUCGACCGCGAGCUAGAAAUCAAGGCUCGUGCUUUGGGCUCACAGCGACUUGGGAAAUGCAAAACUCCCAGACGUUUGCGAGAAAUUCUUCCUCUGCUGGAAAAGAUGAUAUGGAGGCAUGGCAAGUGCGCCUACAAGCCAUUGCGAGAUAAAACGUGUCCCUCAAAGGUGUGCAUACUGCUUUACUUUGGACAGGACGCUCGUGUUGACAUAAGCGUGUAG